GGGCGGGCACCUGCCGGCCGCUGGCCGGGAUCCGCCGGGCCGGCCGGGCCGGGCAGAGAGGCCACCCGGCCGCAACCAGCGCGCUAUACAGGGCAAGGUGCGGGACGGAGCUGAGGUUCAUUUGUUCACUCAAACCUGAGCGACUGAUGCUGGAGAUGUUACCCUUUAAAAAAAAAAAAAAAAGAUUUAUUGAUUGAUUUGAAAGAGAGAGAGAGAGCGAGGUCUUCCAUCCACUGGUUCACUCCCCAGAUGGCCACAACGGUCAGAGCUGGGCCAAUCUAAGACCAGGAGCCAGGAGCUCCAUCCGGGUCUCCCACGCAGGUGCAGGGGCCCAAGGACUCGGCCAUCUUCUACUGCUUUCCUAGGCCACAGUGGAGAGCUGGAUGGGAAGUGGAGCAGCCGGGACUCGAACUCGCGCCCCUAUGGGAAGCUGGCGCUGCAGCCCCGGACACCCGGAGCCGGCCAUGGCCGCCCUGUUCUCCGGCCGCGUCCUGAUCCGGAACAACAGUGAGCAGGACGAGCUGGAGACGGACGCGGAGCUCAGCCGCCGGCUGGACAACCGGCUGCUGCUGCUGUUCUUCGGCGCGGCCGCCUGCCCGCGCUGCCAGGCCUUCGCGCCCGUGCUCAAGGACUUCUUCGUGCGGCUCACCGACGAGUUCUACGUGCUGCGGGCGGCGCAGCUGGCGCUGGUGUACGUGUCCCAGGACCGCACGGAGGAGCAGCAGGGCCAGUUCCUCAGGGACAUGCCCGAGAAGUGGCUCUUCCUGCCCUUCGAGGACGCCUGGCGGAGGGAGCUGGGGCGCCAGUUCUGCGUGGAGCGCCUGCCGGCCGUCGUGGUGCUGAAGCCGGGUGGGGACGUGCUCACGCGGGACGCGGCCGCCGAGAUCCAGCGCCUGGGCCCCGCCUGCUUCGCCAACUGGCAGGAGGCGUCCGAGGUGCUGGACCGCAGCUUCCUGCCGCCCGAGGACCUGGACGACCCCGCGCCGCGGAGCCUCACCGAGCCCCUGCGCCGCUGCAAGUACCGCGUGGAGCGGCCGCGGCGGGGCGCGGAGGGCGCGGCGGGCGCGGGGGGCGCGGGGGGCGCGGCCUGGGGGCUGGACUGAAAGCGCCAGGGGUGGGGGCGUGGGGGGUGGGCAACGGCGGAGGCCCCGGCUCCCCGGCGACCACGGGUCCCUGCUGUGGCCGUGCGGGUGGUAUUUCAACGCCGGCCGGCGAGCAGGCGGGCGGCACCCGCGCGGAGACCCGCACCCUGGGUUCGAGCCCCGCCCCGGCCCAGCCGUUCC